UCUUUCCAGUACAUUUAAGGCCCAGCCCGGGAGUGCCCUGGAGAAGUCGAGGCCGCACCACUGCCCAGCCAUGGGGGACACCUUCAUCCGCCACAUCGCCCUCCUGGGCUUCGAGAAGCGCUUCGUCCCCAGCCAGCACUACGUGUACAUGUUCUUGGUAAAGUGGCAGGACCUGUCCGAGAAGCUGGUCUACCGGCGGUUCACCGAGAUCUACGAGUUCCACAAAGCCUUAAAAGAAAUGUUUCCUAUCGAGGCAGGGGAAAUCAGCCCAGAGAACAGGAUCAUCCCGCACCUCCCAGCUCCCAGGUGGUUUGACGGGCAGCGGGCCGCCGAGAGCCGCCAGGGCACGCUCACCGAGUACUGCGGCGCGCUCAUGGCGCUGCCCGUGAAGAUCUCCCGCUGCCCCCACCUGCUCAACUUCUUCAAGGUGCGCCCCGACGACCUCAAGCUGCCCACGGACAGCCAGCUGAAAAAGCCGGAAACAUACCUGAUGCCCAAAGAUGGCAAGAGUAACGUGACAGACAUCACGGGCCCCAUCAUCCUGCAGACCUACCGUGCCAUCGCCGACUACGAGAAGAGCUCGGGCUCAGAGAUGUCCCUGGCUAUGGGCGAUGUGGUGGAUGUCGUGGAGAAGAAUGAGAACGGCUGGUGGUUCUGCCAAAGGAAGGCCACGCGCGGUUGGGUCCCGGCAUCCUUCUUGGAGCCCCUGGACAGUCCCGACGAGUCGGAGGACCCGGAGCCCAACUAUGCAGGCGAGCCCUAUGUCACCAUCAAAUCCUACACUGCCGUGGAGGAGGAUGAGGUGUCCCUGCCUGAAGGUGAAACUAUAGAGGUCAUUCAUAAGCUCCUGGAUGGCUGGUGGGUCAUCAGGAAAGAUGACGUCACAGGCUACUUCCCGUCCAUGUACUUGCAAAAGUCGGGGCAGGACCUGACCCAGGCCCAACACCAGAUCAAGGGCCGAGGGGCGCCGCCCCGCAGGUCGUCCAUCCGCAACGCGCACAGCAUCCACCAGCGGUCGCGGAAGCGACUCAGCCAGGACACCUAUCGCCGCAACAGCGUCCGUUUCUUGCAGCAGCGUCGCCGCCAGAUGCGGCCGGGGAAGCAGAGCCCUGGGAGCCCGCUGCUCGAGGAGUCGCAGACGCAGCGUACGAAGCCGCAGCCCGCCGUGCCCCCGCGGCCCAGCGCCGACCUCAUCCUGCACCGCUGCAGCGAGAGCACCAAGCGGAAGCUGGCGUCCUCCAUCUGAGGCAGGAGCGCCGCCCCCGGAGAGUGCCCCAACCCCUCCGCCAUCUCCUGGCCCUAUCCCUGUAUAUAUUUGUAUAUAGCCUGCUGUCUGGACGCCAAGGACAGCCCCGGGCCCCCGCCCCACAUGGCUACCCGCCACCCUCAGUAAACACUGCUUGUAGUGGACAGGGACUAUGCAGAAACGCAGUGCGGAUAGGACUCCGCCCUAGUGGUAUUUCUCGAAUAAGGACCAGGGUUGUGAGAGCUGCUGGGGGGGAAUUGCAAGAGCUGAGGUGCGAUUGCAUAAUGUCUUGGCCAAGAACACGUUUGCACAAGUCCAAGUGCAAGAGGAAAUCCAGGCCCUCCACUGACCGUUCGUCUGGACGGAAGCCGCCUGCCUGAACUCUGGCCUUACUGCAGAAGAGUCUUGAAGAUAGACGGGUUUAACAGGCCAGCCCUGUCUCAUGAUAGGAGAUGAGCUGCAGUCCAGGGUUAGGAAGGACAAAAAAGUUUGCAAUUUAGAUAUGGGGGUCCUCUGAUUAUUCACUGAGACCCUGCCCCACUUAAGAGGUUGUACCAGAAAGAAACAUUCACUGAUGAACAGAUCCUCACCACUUACCCUAGAGAUGCUGCCAGCCUGUGGCCUCAAAGUCUUUGCGGGUGGGUCUCUCCUAAACCACAAAGACAGUAGGGUACAAAGUGGAGCUGCAAACCUUGCAAAAGAUGCAGCUUGUCAUGAAGGCCAUGACGGGCCUGGAGAGCUGCUCCUCCUGCAUGGGAAAUGGCUGUGUGAAGAUGGAUAAGGCCGGUCCCCUUAGAGAUGUGCUUUUCAAGAGAGUAAUUUGACCAUCGAAGGAUUGAAAGAGGCCUUGAAACCACUGGAGCCCUUACCUACCUAGUUUUGCAUUUUUGCAGACCCUUGUUUUCUGGAAAAGUCCAGCAUCAAGGGUUAUCAUAAAAAGCUGUGGAGAAAUUAACCACCAAACCCAAUCCCUCUGUUUGUUCAGUUGCAAUUAUAACCUUUUUAUUAAAUACAUUAUAAAAUACUUA